AUGGUCCUUGAGAGAUGGUCUCCCUUCCCUCUUUCCUCCCUCCUUUGGCAGAUAAGUGAAGUUCAAGUGCUAGAUGCCUCGGAUUUUGCCUUCCUUCUGGAAAACUAUACUUCCUACGACUAUGGGGAAAGUCAGAACAACUUCUGCUGUGCCUCCCCACCCUGCCCACAGGACUUCAGCCUGAACUUUGACCGGACCUUCCUGCCAGUACUCUAUAGCCUCCUCUUUCUGCUGGGGCUGCUGGGCAAUGGCACCGUAGUGGCCGUGCUGCUGAGCCAGCGGUCAGCCCUGUGUAGCACCGACACUUUCCUGCUCCAUCUUGCCAUGGCUGAUGCAUUGCUGGUGCUGACACUCCCACUGUGGGCAGUGGACGCUGCUCUCCAGUGGGUCUUUGGCUCUGGUCUCUGCAAAGUGGCAGGGGCCCUCUUCAACAUCAACUUCUAUGCGGGGGCCCUCCUGCUGGCCUGCAUCAGCUUUGAUCGCUAUCUGAGCAUAGUACAUGCCACCCAGCUCUACCGCCGGGGGCCUCGGGCCCGUGUGACCCUCACUUGCAUAGUUGUCUGGGGAUUCUGUCUGCUCUUUGCCCUCCCAGAUUUAAUCUUCCUUUCGGCCAACCAUGAUGAUCGCCUCAAUGCCACCCUUUGCCAGUACAACUUCCCACAGGUGGGCCGCACAGCACUGCGUAUACUACAGCUGGUGGCUGGUUUUCUGCUGCCCCUGCUGGUCAUGGCCUACUGCUAUGCCCGCAUCCUGGCUGUGCUGCUGGUUUCCAGAGGUCAGCGACGGUUGCGAGCUAUGCGACUGGUGGUGGUGGUGGUGGUGGCCUUUGCUGUCUGUUGGACCCCCUAUCACCUGGUGGUGCUGGUAGACAUCUUCAUGGACCUGGGGUUCUUGGCUCGCAACUGUGGUCAAGAAAGCCAUGUGGAUGUGGCCAAGUCAGUCACCUCAGGCAUGGGCUACAUGCACUGCUGCCUCAACCCACUGCUCUAUGCCUUUGUGGGGGUCAAGUUCAGAGAACAAAUGUGGAUGCUGUUCAUUCGCCUGGGCUGCCCUGAUCAGAGAGGGCUCCAACGGCAGCCAUCAUCUUCCCGCAGAGAUUCAUCCUGGUCUGAGACCACAGAGGCCUCCUACUUGGGCUUAUGA